AUGCCACCAAAAAAGGGCAAAUCGCCCAAAUCGGGUAAGUCACCAAAAUCCGACAAGAGUAAGUCUCCCAAAAACAAAAAGGGCAGUCCAGCCGUAGAGGAGCCCUACGUAUGGGUGAGGCCCCAACCUCCGCCUCCACCACCAGAUCCGCCGAAAUCGCACUGUUUAUGGAAAAUUCGGCGCCAAGUUUGGUAUCCCCAUGCAAAUCGCCUGCACUUUGAGUACAAGGAGUGGUUUUGGUCGCCCUAUUGUCCAACAAUCACGAGCUGGGGGGACAUUUGGAUAUCAGAGCCUCAACAGCGCAGAAUACAACGAUACACCCUUGACCCUGUGAGUGCCAAAAUCACGCGAAUUCCUCAACCUGUGAUCACGAAAGGUGAACCGCGAAUGAUCCUUGAGAUUCCUCGGACCGGAAGAAUUGCAGCUCUAUUGACCGGUUCAAAAGCCCUUACCACCGCACUGGUCCUUUACGACCCAAUUGAACUAAAAGAGGAGAAGAGGAUAGAGUUUAAGUAUGCAGCUCUUGAUCCGGCCGAAAUUCCAACGUCCACUCUACCGGAUAGCAAAGAGCCCGAACCGCGAAGGUACACAUUACUUGAUGAGUCAACUCCGAUUGGAAUGUGUGCUGAUCUAAAUUACCUGGUUGUCCUAUUUCAACCGCUUCAGCGCAUUAAAAUAUACAACCCGGUGACGUUGGCGCCCUACGAUGUCAUGCUCGAGAAUGCCUACCCCGAUGAAAACACAUGCAUUCUUCUAGCCAGCUCUGGGGGUUGUGCAAUGUACGACGACUACCUUUAUGUUGCGGCGACUCGACCGCCUCGAAUUCAGGUCUUAAAAAUACAUGACAGCAAGGUCCUAGGAAGGGUUGAUACGAUUCAUUUGGUGAUCUACAGUGACCUGGGACUUGACCGAUUUUCAUUCGGUGAACCGUUCGGAGUGCAGGUGGAUUCACUGGGCAUGCUGGUGGUGUCGGAUUCUAAGGCUGGCUUCUUUCAUGUGUACAAUGUAAGACACAGGCCGGCCGGUCCAUGGCUACCUUCAUUGGAGCACGGGUCAACCUGCUAUAUGGGUUCUUGGAAGAUCGAUGCCUAUCAGCCCAUUAGACCGGGGCACUUCAGUCUUUCUAAAAAUGGAUGUGCUUGUGUUGUGGACCGAUGGAACAAUAAAACUCACCUAAUAAUGGAUCAAACUGAGUUGCGAUGGUACGAUGAUACAUACUGUGUCCUAGAAGACCUCAAAUACGAUCGUGAGGUACUGGAUCCCCUGAUGCCUCGGGAAGGACUUCCCCGGCCACCAACACCAACAGGGGACAAUCCUGUUUUCGCAAGGAGGAUUAGUAAUCUGACCGAACCCUACCCCGAGGAAAUAAUCUUGCCAGAGAGUUGGAUGGCCAGGUUCAGAAGAAAAGGCCAAGCGCCGGUAGAACCAGAGGAUAAAUCACCAAAGGGCAAGUCGAAAGGGAAGGGCAAAGGCAAAGGUAAGGGAUCUCCAAAGUCCAAAGGAAAGGGUUCUCCAAAUUCCAAACGCAAAAAGUAA